AUGACGACCGCGACAAUCUCCGACGCUCAGAGAGAGCUCAUCAGCUCCCUCGCCCCCGAUGACAUACCGAUUAAGCUGCGCUGCGCGAAUUGCAGCAAGCUCGCCAUUAAUGCCUUUCGCCUGCCUUGCUGCGAGCAGGCCAUCUGCGAAACCUGCCACUCCACCCUCCCUUCCUCGUGUCCCGUCUGCGAGCACUCUCCUCUCUCGGCCGACGAUUGCAAGAUACACAAAUCCCUGCGCACGACGGUCCGCGUCUUCCUUCGCAGCGAGGAGAAGAAGCGCGAUAACCUCAAACUCAAAGAGGCCAAGGAGCUGGACGUGCAGGCGGCGCCCAUUCUACCAGAGGUUGCUGCUGCACCUGAUCAGGCCAAGGGCCAAAAUGGCGGCGGCGCGCCUGGUGAGGAUGGCACGAACCCGUCCGCCGAUGAGACUGCCGGCGCCCGUGCCAAUGAUGGCGAGAACCCUACCGAGACUGCCGUAGUGAUCCGUGAAGCCUCCGAAUCAAAAGACCUCGUUCACAACAACCCAUCUGAACACAACGGCCAAGACCACGAGGGUGAAGGCGAAGGGCAAGACGGUGAACAAGACGAAGGCGGCGACGGCCCACAAGCUCAAGCUCAGGGCGGGUACGGGAAUCAGGGCUACGAUGCCGCAAAUGGAGGCGGCUUUGCAAACAUGGCGUUCGCUGGGGGCGACUUCAAUCAGAUGCAAAUGAUGAUGGCCAUGCAGAAUGGCUCGUUUGGUGGAUUUCCGAUGAUGGGAAUGAACAUGGAUCCUCUGGCGAUGCAAAACAUGUACAUGAACAUGAACGGUGGCUACAAUCAAGGCAUGGGCAUGAACGGCAUGAACGGCAUGAACAUGGGCAUGGCAGGAGGCUAUGGAGGUAAUGAGAACUGGAACGAACAGCAGUCGUGGAAUUUCGGCCAGGAUAGUUACAAUCAUGCAAACUCUCAUGGCAUGGGCCCGGGUGACUAUGGCAACUAUAACUCUGGAUUUCAGCAGCAGCAGAACCAGCAGGCAGGUUUCAAUCAAGGUAGCUUUGGUGGCCAUCAAUUCAAUGACUACCGGAGAGGCAACUACGGGUACCGCGGAAGAGGCCGUGGUCGUGGUGGCUUCUAUGACGGCGGCUACGGUCGUGGCCGCUACCAGGGGUACGUUGGCGGCAACCAAGGCUACGGCCAGCAGUUCCCCCACCAGCAGCAGCCGAACCAACCCUUCGCGGUAGGCGCCCCUGGUUUUAGUCAAGAUGGUAAUCAAGACGGCGCGGCGGCCGCGCCCGCGGUCGGCGACGACGGGUCGCAGGCCAACGUCGACGAGUACGGUCGUGAGGUGCGCUCCAAGGAAGGCAGUACAGAUGGCCACGAGGCUUCCGCCUCGCAGGUUGUCAAGAACGACGCCGGCCAGACGGCGGCGGCGGAUGGUGCGCAAGUAGGCAAUGGCGGCGAGCAUCAAGAUCCCGCGCAGAGUGACCGUGCCGUAUCCGCAGACGCGUUCUCGCAAGCUGGUCGGGGUUUUACCAAGGUGAUGUCGAUCGCCAAGCCCGACGUGCCCCUCAACGCACCCACCGGGCCCAAGGCCAUGCGUCAGGGUCUCCCUAAUACUAGUGUCCCCCACCUGCGUGCGCGGGGCCUGCUCGUCGACGACGAUAAGGCGCCGUCGCAGCAGCAGCAGCAGCAUGGCCAGCCUAAUGGCGGUGGCAGUGGUAAUCGCCCGGCCGGCGCUAGUGACGUGGAGAAUCGCCCCAGGUCUAGGAGCCCCUCCGUGGCCCAAUCUGAGCACGAGCACUACCACGAUCGUAGCCGGGAUCGCGAGCGUGACCGCGGACGUGACCGUGACCGGGAAAAGGCGCGUGGCCGAGACCGUGAUCGGGAGAAGGAGUAUGAGAAGAAACGGCCGGGCGCUGCGGACGGGGGUGAACGUGCAAGGGAUCGAUCCAAGUCGACGAUUCCAAGUAGAAGCCGCACGAGGAGCGAGAGCCGGAGGCGCCGUCGUAAGGGCUCUCGUCGGCACAGACGAGAUCGUUCCGAGUCCGUAGUCACGGAAAACCAACCUGAUGAUGAACAGCAUCGUCGGAGUAAGCACCGGAGCCGCAAGCAUGGGGCGGAUGCCGCGGAGGAAGAGGGCGCCAGUGGAUCCAAGUCGCGGGCCAGGACCGACGACGGGAAAGGCCUGCAUGAGCGAUCGAGAUCCGGGUCGCCUGACGAUGCGAAACAGCGACAUAAGAGCAGUAGGCGGGACCGUGAGCCGGAGAAGCGGCGUGACAAGGAGAAGCAUAGGGACGAUGAGAAGCGCAAGAGCAGGCACCAUCGCGAGGAGCGAGAUAAGGACCGCGAUCGCGAUCGUGACCGGGACCGGGACAGGGAUAGGGAUCGAGACAGAGAGAGGGACCGUGAUCGUGGCCGCGACCGUGAUCGAGACCGCGACCGAGACCGCGACAAAGACAAGGACCGCGACAAGGACCGCGAUCGGGAUAGGGAUCGGAAAGACCGCCGGGACCGGGAGAAGCGACGCGAAGAGCGGCGGGAAGAACGCCACCGAAGCAGCCGGAAACAUACGCCCGACGCGAGCGGCGGCCCUCCACCGGCCCCGAGCACGACAGGAUGGACGAAGCGCCGCUCGAGCGGCGCGAGUCGCACGUGUCGGUCUCGUCGGGCAAAGGCGGGGAGGAGGAGGAGGAGGCAAGGACCCGCACACGCUCGAGCGGGAGGCUAG